AUGAAAAUACCCGACCUCCACCCCGAAGUUCACCUUCAUGCCAUCAAAAGCGGCCUUCGCCCAGGUAAAUUCCAAGAGACCAUCGCCGUCACUAAGCUCAAAACUUUGGCUGAGUUUCGUGAGAAAGCCAAGGGACAGAUAGACAUUGAGGAGCUCCACCAGGCACGAAAAGCAGACAAAUCGGCCACCAAAGACGAUGAAAAACCUUGUGAUAAUAAGAAGAGCUUCAAACCAGUUCCUCGCUAUGAAUCAUAUACCCAGUUCAACGCUAAGAGGGACGACAUUUUUAAUGAGAUACUGAACUCAAAGCUGAUUAAACCUCCCCGAAAGGCAGGCAGUUACCCUGAACCAAAAAACAUUGACAAAUUCAAAUACUGCACCUUUCAUCAGAAACACGGCCAUACAACCGACGAAUGUGUAGUUGCUAAGGAUCUACUAGAGUGCUUGGCCCGGCAAGGACAUCUCGACAAAUUUAUUGCAAGACAUAUGCAGAAGAGAACAAUAUCCAGCUCUGAACAACCCACAAUAGGUCCAUCGUCAAGGGAGAAAGAUAAAGCUCCAGCUCAACCUAGGGGUGUGAUCAAUUGCAUUUCAGGAGGUUACGCUGGAGGUGGACAUACAAGCUCGGCCAGAAAGCAAACCUACAGGGCUAUGUUGGCAGUGGGAAGCACUACUAAUAAUCCUCAACCAAUUCAGGAUGUCCCCAACAUGACCUUCCGCCCUGCCGACAUUAAUUGCAGCCACACAAACUAUGAUGACCCUGUGGUUAUCUCCAUUCAAUUGGGAGACCUUAUAGUUCGGAAAGUGCUACUUGAUCCAGGGAGUAGCGCUGAUGUGCUAUUCUUUGCCACAUUUGAGAAAAUGAAACUGAGCACUAACAUUUUGCAGCCAUACUCAGGAGACUUGGUCGGAUUUUCAGGGGAACAAGUCCCCGUGUUGGGUUCUGUGUGGUUACAAACCACACUCGGUGAACAAGCAUUAUCUAAGACACAAGACAUUCAAUAUCUCGUAGUAGACUACUUUAGUCCUUAUAAUGUUAUAUUAGGAAGACCCUUUUUGAAUAGAUUUGCUGCAAUUGUUUCCACGUUUUACCUUUGUGUCAAGUUUUCUGUGCAGGACAACGUCAUCGCAACCAUUCACAGUGAUCUACACAAAGCUCGGCAUUGCUACAACACAAGCCUAAAGCCUAUCAAGAGGAGCAGCGAAGCACGUGUCAACUAA